AUGGCUACCCCGAGUGUCCUUACUUUUGAUGCUGAGGGCCGUGCCGUUGACUUUGAGGUCAGGGUCGAUGACCUCCAGCUGUUUCUCCAGUGCAAUAGAGCAGACGGACUCUCUGUGUUCAAUCUCACCUCUGGUGUCUCUCCUGCCCCGCUUGCCACUGCUGACAGCACUGUUCGCUCACAGUGGGCCACGCGCGAUGCUGCUGCUCGCCUUGCUGUGCGCCGGCACUUACCGACCACUAAGCUUGCACACUUUAGCCAGUACAAGAGUGCUCAGACCUUGUACGGCGCUGUAGUUGCACGCUACUCUUCCCCUGCCACUGCUACACUGAGCCGCCUCAUGCUACCGUACCUCUUCCCUGACCUUGCUGCUUUUCCCACAGUCGCUGACCUCAUUACGCACCUCCGCACUAGUGACACUCGCUACCGCGCUGCGCUUCCUGCUGAGUUCUGCGCCAAGAACCCCCCCCCCAUAUACAUCACCCUCUACUACAUAGUCACCCGGCUCCCUGACUCUCUUUGCGUAGUCAAGGACCACUUCCUGUCAGUUUGCCCCACCACUCUCACCGUUGACCUCCUCGAGAAGGGCCUCCUAGCAGCAAAGAAGAGCAUAGUCGCUGUAGGAGCCUCUCCUGGUGACCCUCGCACCCCCGUCUUUGAGGGGUGUUCCCCCUCCCCCCUCUUGCCCUCUGUUGCUUCUACUGCUGCGGCCGACCUCGUUGGCUUCGACUCGGUCGGCGCUACGUCUGCCCCUAGUAGGAGACGCCGCACCGGCAAGGGCAAGGGGGGCAAGGGCGCUGGAGGGGCUGGCGGGGGCGGUGGAGGUGGUGGUGGAGGCAGUGGAGGGGGUGGGGGUGGUGGUGGGAGUGGUGGCGGGGGUGGAGGUGUCAAUGGCAGCAGUGGAGGCGGAGGAGGCGGCGGCGGAGGCGGAGGGAGCCGAGGCGGCGGAGGUGGUGGAGGCGGCGGAGGCAGCGGAGGUGGGGGAAGCGGCGGCGGCAGCAGUGGACCUGGUCGCAGCUCAGCGCAGAGGAGUGGCUCUGGUGGAUGUACGCGCCAGCAGCAGCAGCGCAGUCGUGAGACCCUGUCCCCUAAGCAGCUUCGUGAGUGGUACGCUGCGCGUGAACGCGGUGGGGGUACGGGUCCCUGCACCUACGUUCUCCGCACCAGCAACCGCGAUGGUGAGCAGUGCGGGGGCCCGCACUCCACCCAGCGCUGCUUCGGCCGCCUGACGGACGCGUGGCGUCACCAGUUCCCGGAGGCCUCUGAGAUCCCUCGCUGGGGAGAGCUGUCUAGGGCGGGGGUUGCUAUCUUUGAUCUUGACUUUGAUGCUAUUCUCGCUGCCAUGUAUGCUGUUGCUGAUAGUGUUGAGGGUGACUGUUACCUGUGUGUUCCGCCUGACCCGGGCAUUGAGACUGCUGCUCUAGGAUAG